GGCGAGAGUGUUGCAGACCCGCCAGGGUAACCUGAGAAUGGUUGACUCCAACCGCUGGAAGAUGAGGCACUAGUGGGCCUUCAGAUUGGAGAGGACCAAGCUGAGCGACAGGAAGGUCUGAGGGUCUAGGUGUGAAGUGUCGCGGCGGCGCACGCACGGCGAGAAUCGGGUGAAAGAGGAGACUGCAAGGAUAGGCCCAGAAAAACAACCAGGAAAAAAAUCUCAUGGCAAAUAUCCACCAGGAAAACCAAGAAAUGGAGCAGCCCAUGCAGAAUGGAGAGGAAGACCGCCCUUUGGGAGGGGGCGAAGGCCACCAACCUGCAGGAAAUAAUAGACGGGGACAGGCUCGCCGACUUGCUCCUAAUUUUCGAUGGGCCAUACCCAAUAGGCAGGUCAAUGAUGGGAUGGGUGGAGAUGGAGAUGAUAUGGAAAUGUUCAUGGAGGAGAUGAGAGAAAUCAGGAGAAAACUUAGGGAGCUGCAGUUGAGGAAUUGUCUGCGUAUCCUGUUGGGGGAGCUCUCUAAUCACCAUGACCAUCAUGAUGAAUUUUGCCUUAUGCCUUGACUCCUGCCAUUUUCCAUGAGAUUAAUACUGUGAUUCACACUGUUUUCUUCUUGCAUUUUCCUGAUAACACCUUUACUGAUCCGUUUGCUGUGAACCUUACAUAAUUUCCAUGUGUCAGGUGGGUUCUGUGUUACCAGAUUCGAAUUGGAAAUUGCCUUGGCACCCAGUCUAAGUUUCUGUCAACAGUAGAAUCACCUAUUUGCAUGGAAAAGUAUAAAGUAAUAAAGCAAUUAA